UUGCCAUCUUUCUUCUAUCCCUACACAGCGCUGCCGGUGGGGCGGAACACUCCUCAUCGAUCAGUUGGUUUCUAGGAACCGCCGACAGACCUGGCACACCACCGUGACUUCUCGUUAGAGAUCUGACACUUUGAUUUCCCAACUUGCCAGCUUAUCCUUUCAUCUUUUUCAACAAUGGGAGAGAGAGAAGACCUAGUUUAUCAAGCAAAACUUGCCGAACAGGCAGAAAGAUAUGACGAGAUGGUGGAAUCUAUGAAGAAGGUGGCAGGAAUGGAUGUGGAGCUCACAGUGGAGGAGAGGAACCUACUAUCGGUGGCCUACAAGAACGUGAUCGGGGCUCGGAGAGCGUCUUGGAGGAUAAUCAGCAGUAUCGAACAGAGGGAAGAGAACAAGGGUGGCGAAGAGAAGCUGAAGAUGAUCCGGGAAUACAGGCAAACGGUGGAGAAAGAGCUGAAGUCGAUCUGUGGUGACAUCCUGGACGCGCUGGACAGACACCUACUCCCCUCUGCAGCAAUGGGAGAGUCUAAGGUCUUCUACAACAAAAUGAAAGGGGACUACCACAGGUACCUGGCAGAGUUCGCCACUGGCAACAACAGAAAGGAGGCUGCAGAGAACAGCCUGGUGGCGUAUAAAACUGCUACGGACCUUGCCAUGCUGGAGCUCCCGCCCACGCACCCAAUCCGCCUCGGCCUCGCUCUCAACUUCUCCGUCUUCUACUACGAGAUCCUCAAUUCGCCCGACCGUGCCUGCAGGUUGGCAAAGGCUGCGUUCGAUGACGCCAUCGCAGAACUGGACACGCUGAGUGAAGAAAGCUACAAGGACUCCACACUUAUCAUGCAGUUGUUACGUGACAACCUGACACUAUGGACUUCAGAUAUGCAGGGAGAGGGUGAAGAACAGAACAAAGAGACACUGCAAGACGUUGAGGACGAGGCCCAGUGAGACUAUGCCACCAACAGCCAACAACUUGAUUCCCCUCUGCCCUUCACCUCCUCACACUCCUCACUCCCUCUGCCUUUGUCUUCCUCAUCCUCCCCCUCCCUACCACCUUCCUUUUCCGCCGCCUCCCCCUCCUUUUUCCUUUUCCUCACCUCUGGAGCUCCCUGACCCAGCAGGGCCACGGAGUUGAUGAGUUUAUUUUUCUCUUAUUUUUGUAUUAGCCCUGACACCAUUUGAUUAAAUACCACUUAAUUAAAGGAAGUCCAACGCUAGAAAGAGAAAGAAAGAGGUCCCUGUUUGCUGUUUUUUGUCCUGGUACAAGCAGUUCUGCAAAAUGUUCUUUGUUUUCAUUAUUGUAUUUUUUUUGUUUGUUUUCUUUUUGCUUUUUCCUCCAUAUUUUUAUCAGUUGCUGGAUGUAUUGAGAUUUUUUUUCUUAAUGUAAUUACAGAAAUUAACUUUUAUUACUAAUAAUGUUGAAUACUAGUUAUAGGAGCUAUUUUAUCUCUGUUUUUAGUGACAUGUCGAGCAGAUUAUCUGACCUUUUUAUGGGCGCAUUGGAGUAGUCCAGACGCCCUUUUUGUUAGGUUAGGACAGUCUUUUUUUCUGAGGAAUUUGGCAGAAUGUGUGAUAUCCAUGUGGGGCAAAGAAGUGCUUAAUGUUUUACACUACAGUUAGUCUUGUGUUGUGUAGCUGUUCCUGGACUGUGUUUAGUGCUGAAAUACUGUAAUUGUCCACACAUGCUAAAUCUCUAAACACUAACUUAUUUCUCGCUGGUUUGGUUCUUUACAAACAUUGGGAGAUUUCUCACCUGUGUGAAAGUGUCUGUGUGACCCGGCUCCCUGCCCAGAGCGUUGAGAUCCUGGGCAGCACAGACACGAGGCAACACGUUAGCAUCUGCUGCUUCUCCCCUGCUUUUACUGAAGCUCCUCUAGAAUCAGAUUUUCUUUUCUUGCUCUGUUUCAUUUAUUGCUCUCUUGUUUUUUUUGUUUUUUUUUGCUUCAUUAUAUGUAACUUGGAGCUGAUUUGUACUACUGGAUAUCUGACUGGAGCCACAGACAGGGAAUCUGUAACGUUCUUAUUGAAACACAGCAUGGCAUUAACAUUAAACAAUAAAUUAAAACA